CCUUGAACGCGUCACUCUGAUCACCCGAUUACGCUGCCGCAGACCUGCACUUCAUCCAAAUCAAUGGCUCCACUACAAGUACACGUUAAACACGCAGGAAAAACUCUCGAUGUUGACCUAGAGACAUCACUUCCACCUGCCGCGUUCAAAGAUGCGAUUUAUCAGGUCACGGGCGUGCCGCCGGAGCGUAUGAAAGUUAUGAUCAAGGGUGGCGUGCUCAAGGAUGAUACGGAUUGGAAAAAGGUGGCUCCUAAAGCGGGACAGACGUUCAUGGUUAUUGGCGCUGCGGGCGAGCUCCCGAAGCCACCUGAAAAACCGAUUGUUUUUCUUGAGGACAUGGACGAGUCGGAAAUUGCAGAAGCCGUACGUUUGUUUUAUUUGCGCUCGUGUGGAUUACUCAGGGUUUUGUUCUUGCAGCUCUCUUUACCAGUUGGAUUGAAAAAUCUCGGAAAUACCUGCUACAUGAACGCCACCGUCCAAGCGAUGCGUGCAAUACCCGAACUUCAGACAGCUCUUUCAACGUCACCGCAUUUGGAUGUCCUACCUCGUGCGCUGAGAGACUUGUACAGCGACAUGUCUCGUACGACGGAGGGAUACAUUCCUAACACGUUUUUGAGCGUGUUGCGUCAGAUUGUGCCUCAGUUCGGGGAGGUUGAUAGAUCGGGCAAGAAUGGAAUCUUAGGGGGGUUCGCGCAGCAAGACGCUGAGGAGUGUUGGACACAGCUUGCGAAUGGCUUGAAAGAGGUUCCUGGGAUUGAUGCUACGGGUAAUACAGUAGCGGGGGGGAGGAGAUUCGUCGAUCAGUUUAUGAUGGCAGAGAUACGCAGAGAAUUGAAAUGUGACGAAGCGCCUGAAGAGCCUAGCACUGUCACGAUAGAGAAGGUGCUGAAAGUCGAGUGCAAUAUUUCGGCGACAACGAAUUAUAUGCAUACUGGUAUCAAGGAUGCACUGAACUCUCAAUUGGAUAAGAACUCUCCUUCGCUUGGACGUCAAGCAGUUUACAGUCAGACAUCGCGUCUCUCGCGUCUACCCAGUUACCUGACGGUGCACAUGGUUCGUUUUGCAUGGAGACGCGAUAUCGGAAAGAAGGCCAAGAUCAUGCGCAAAGUGAAGUUUGCGUCAGAGUUUGAUGCGUUGGAAAUAGUGACCGAUGAACUGAAAUCGAAGCUCACGCCGGUGUCCAGCCGCCUAAAGUCUAUUGAGAAAGAGCGUGCCGAGCGGCGGAAGGUGCGUAAACGGACGAAAGUGGCGCAGGAGGCGUCGUCGUCAUCUAGGCCCGCAGAGGAGAGUGCGGAUGUUGAAAUGGCGCCUACGAGUGAGGUGGUGCCGGGGGACCUGGAGGAGGAGAGCAUAUAUCGUGCGCGGGAACUGCAGGAGCUGGAGGGAUUGGCCGAUGCUGACCUGAAGAAUGAUUUUGGAUGCAGCGUGACUGGGUUGUAUGAUCUUGUUGCCAUCGUUACGCACAAGGGAGCAGAUGCUGAUGCGGGGCAUUAUAUCGGUUUCGUGAAGAAGAGCGUAUUCCAUGCAAAGUCAGGUGAUGGACGUGCGUUUGAUGAAGACGAUGAAGAUUGGUACAAAUUUGAUGAUGACAAGGUAUCGGUGUUUCCCAAGGAGAAGCUGGGGACGAUUGAUGGAGGAGGGGAGGACGCAUCUGCCUAUGUGCUUUUGUACAGGAGUAAGCCGUUAGCAUAGUGUUCGAUAAAUGACGGGCUGUAGGUAUAAUGCAAGAAUACAAUGAAUCUAAG